AUGCCUUUUUAUACAAAAGAAAACACUCUCAUUGCAACCAACCAUCAUUAUGAUAAAUUCAUUAAAACUCUAAAGUGUCUGACAGCAGUGGAGGAUGAAAAGGUAUUCUGCUUCCAGGUGGAAAAAAAACCUACUAUCAAGACUAUUAGCUCUAACAGAGAAGGUGACACAAGGUUAGGGACCGACUGUCAGGACUAUCAACAGUUAACAGGGCCUGACACAAGGUUAGGGACCAACUGUCAGGACUAUCAACAGUUAACAGGAGGUGACACAAGGUUAGGGACCGACUGUCAGGACUAUCAACAGUUAACAGGAGGUGACACAAGGUUAGGGACCGACUGUCAGGACUAUCAACAGUUAACAGGAGGUGACAUAAGGUUAGGGACCGACUGUCAGGACUAUCAACAGUUAACAGGAGGUGACACAAGGUUAGGGACCAACUGUCAGGACUAUCAACAGUUAACAGGAGGUGACAAAAGGUUAGGGACCGACUGUCAGUACUAUCAACAGUUAACAGGAGGUGACACAAGGUUAGGGACCGACUGUCAGGACUAUCAACAGUUAACAGGAGGUGACACAAGGUUAGGGACCGACUGUCAGGACUAUCAACAGUUAACAGGAGGUGACACAAGGUUAGGGACCUACUGUCAGGACUAUCAACAGUUAACAGAAGGUGACACAAGGUUAGGGACCGACUGUCAGGACUAUCAACAGUUAACAGGAGGUGACACAAGGUUAGGGACCGACUGUCAGGACUAUCAACAGUUAACAGGAGGUGACAAAAGGUUAGGGACCAACUGUCAGGACUAUCAACAGCAGGAGGUGACACAAGGUUAG